UUUCGAUCUUUCUUCCUUCUUAAAUUUCCAUCCAACCUUCAACUCCAACCUUCUUCCUUGCAACAUCAACCACAACACUCUACAUCUAUCACCGUAACUUCUUGUUCUGGUACAAGGUGUUGUGAUCGACUUCCUCCUCACCCCCUGACUUUGUACUUCUUUGUACACUACCCACACACCUGCUUUCAACGCUCUCCCACGCCUGUUGCCGAUCAUGGGGGCACCCAUUCGCGUACCGCCGACCCGACCCUCAACUCCAACAUUCGAGCAUCAACUUCCUCCUACCCGCCCAUCAACUCCCACCUUCGGUCGCAUUGAGAGGAUUGCUGAGGCUCCCUCAAGGGCUGAUCCCAAUCUCCCUCUGGUUGAGACGUCGUCGCCGAUUCAAGCUCCUCCAUCUCCUAUGGAAGCCUCACAACCCGACCGUGUUAACUCCAAUGACCCUGGUGAUGACACGACUGAAGGGAACGAGCAGAAUGGUCAUCAAACUACUUCUGUAAGUCCCCAAAUCGCUCAUAUGAUAUAUAUCUAUAUGUUCCCUUCUUGUCGCAAGCGCGUUGUUUGCCGCUCACCCGCCCAUUUUCCUUUAUCUCGAUUUCGUGUCGUUUACCGCUCUGCCCCUUUUCCUUCAUCUCAAUUCACAUUCAGCGCACUUUUGUUAGCGCACAAAGAUUUCACAAUCUUUCACUUGAAACCCUGCCCUCAUAUAUCAUAGACAGACAGUGCCUUCUAAAUGUACUUUGUCUUUUUUCCCCUGUGCCCCCUUUCCGUUUUUCUGUUCUCAGCCAGGACGGGCAUCCGUCGCCUUUGCUAGUCAGUUGUUCCACAACCAAUCCUCCGUUAUCUCCCCUUUCUUCGCACUUGCUUUAUAUCCAGAUAGCCCAAAAGGCGUCA